AUGGCUCCUAAUGGUACUGCUGCCCAACAGGCCGUCGUCUGUCAUGCUGGACUUGAUCUCAGGGUCGAAGACAGAGAGGUUCCAGCUCCCAAGCCUGAAGAGGUUCAGAUCAAGGUAGCAAUGACUGGCUUGUGUGGAUCCGAUCUCCACUACUAUCUGCACGGUGCCAACGGUGCUUUCAAGAUCCAAAAGCCUCUCGUCUUGGGACACGAAGCCUGUGGCAUCAUCACUUCUCUCGGCUCCUCUGUGAAUCCCGCUCUCAAUCUCAACGUCGGCGACCGCGUCGCGAUGGAAGUCGGUGUCUACUGCAAAGCUUGCAAGCAGUGCAGACGGGGACGAUACAAUUUGUGCGCAAAGAUGAGGUUUGCGAGCUCUGCAAAGACCUUCCCGCAUCUGGAUGGUACAUUGAGAGAGGUCAUGACUUGGCCCGCUGAUUUGGUAUACAAACUCCCGCCUGACCUCGAACUUCCCCUCGCUGCCCUUGCCGAGCCCCUCUCCGUCGUCCUUCAUGCCUACCGUCGAGCUCAGCUCACUCCCGGCGCUCGUGUCCUCAUCAUCGGUGCGGGUGCCGUCGGUCUCCUCACCUGUGCCCUUGCCCGGGCCUCUGGCUGUACAUCGGUCGUGGCUGUCGAUAUCGAACAAGGCAAGCUUGACUUUGCCAAGGAGCAACAAUGGGCGACGGACGUCUUUGCAUUGCCUAAAGGCCCGAGAGUCAGUGGGUUGGAAGCGUUGGAAGUCGCUGGCGGUCAUUGGGAGGCUUUACAGAAGAGCCAGGCCGUCCAGAGUAUCGAAGGACUGGAAGAUGGGUUUGACGCGGUGUUUGAGUGUACAGGUGUUGAGAGUUGUAUGCAGAUGGCUCCCAUGGCCGCUGCUAUCGGUACUAAAGUUUUGUUUGUCGGUAUGGGAACCAAAGUCCUCUCCCUCCCUACUGGCCCAUCCCUAUUGUCUGAAGUCGACCUCAUCGGCGUUUUCCGGUACUGCAACACCUACCCCGACGCCCUUGCUCUUCUUGCUUCCGGAAAGCUGGGCGAUGUGAGUAAGAUGGCUAGCCAUUACUAUGCGUUGGAGGAUGCCGAGGUGGCAUUUGAGGAUCUGAAGCGAGGCAAGGAUAAGAAUGGCAGGACGGUGAUCAAGCCCAUGGUCGGAAACCUCGAGCUUUGCGGCAUCCAAAAGUAG